AGGAGGUAGCUAGCUUUUAACGGUUAUGAAAUCUAAACUAGUAAAGUUGUUUCAAGAUUCCAUGUAAGCCUCCCGACCGGGACUUUGAACCUUCCCAUUGGAGAGACGACAGCCAAAAGGAACCGUGUCCAUCUUCGGUUCCUCUGCCUCUCUCUCUCUCUCUCAAGAAAAUUUAUUCCUUUCUUCCACAACUUGGAAAAAAUCUUACUCUUGUACUUGUCUCUGCUUUAGAUCUCUUCUUUUUCCACAAGACCAAAUCUUCUCGGGUGGGUUUUCCCCGAUCUGGGUCGGAUCUGAUUCCUCGGAAGCAACGAAUCUCGAGGCUUCUUUUUGUGUGUGUUUUUUUUUGGCUUUCCGGGGAAAGGCUAGAAUCAUUUGCUCUCUUCUCUCUACAGCGAAAUAAAAAGGAAGAUAACUUCCCCUUACUUGUGGUGGUUGGUAGCAGCAGCUCUUUGAUCCAAUCGUCCUUCUUUGGUCUCUCUGCUUCUUGAUCUGGGUAUACCAAAAAGUUUCCUUUUUUGGCAAAUAUUUUUUUUUCUGGGUUUAGGAUUUCCAAUUUCGAUCUGUUUUUUCGGGUUGUUGAAUGAUUUGAAUUUCGAUUCCUAGCGUCUUAUAUCUGUUCAAAGCUGUCGGCUUUCCUCUAGCCAUUUGGGGAUUUUGCUUGGGUUUUGGGUUUUAUCUCCAAUUUUUCCAGAUUUGGUUGCAAUUAGGUUUAUAAAUUGGUCUUGGGUUGAAAGGGUUUUAGGUUUUAAGAUGAUGUAACUACUCGAGUUAGGUUUCUCUUUGAGUCCUUAAAAAGCUUUUAGUUUGUUAUAUCCCAUCCCACUAGUGAGAGAUAUGGCAAGCAGCAUUGAUGUUACCAAGUACGGUCAUAGCCCUGUUCAUCACGCUGUUGUCACCAGAGAUUAUGCUGGUCUCAAGAAAUUGUUAUCCGCUCUUCCUAAGAUGCGUGACCCUUCUGAGGUUAAGAAUGAAGCAGCUUCUGUAGCUGAAGAGACAAAAGCUGAUUCAAUCGCUUCUAUUAUAGACAGGCGUGACGUCGUGAACCGAGACACGGCUCUCCAUUUAGCUGUGAAGCUCGGUGAUGAGACCUCCGCGGAGAUGCUUAUGGCAUCGGGUGCUGAUUGGAGCUUGCAGAAUGAGCAUGGAUGGAGCGCACUACAAGAAGCUAUUUGUGGUAGAGAAGAGAGGAUCGCUAUGAUCAUCGUGAGGCAUUAUCAGCCUUUGGCUUGGGCUAAAUGGUGCAGGAGGUUGCCUCGGCUUCUGGCUACCAUGCAUAGAAUGAGAGAUUUCUACAUGGAGAUCACUUUCCAUUUCGAGAGUUCUGUCAUACCUUUCAUUUCAAGGGUGGCGCCUUCGGAUACUUAUAAGAUUUGGAAGAGGGGUGCUAAUCUUAGAGCGGAUAUGACGUUGGCUGGCUUUGAUGGUUUCAGGAUUCAAAGAUCAGAUCAGACUAUACUUUUUCUUGGAGAUGGGUCUGAGGAUGGUAAAGUUCCUUCCGGUUCUCUUCUUAUGAUUUCACAUAAAGAUAAGGAGAUAAUGAAUGCUUUAGACGGCGCUGGAGCUGCGGCAUCAGAAGAAGAAGUUCGCCAAGAAGUGGCUGCAAUGUCCAAGACAAGCAUUUUCAGACCCGGGAUCGAUGUUACUCAAGCUGUUCUCUUCCCACAAUUGACAUGGAGGCGUCAAGAGAAGACAGAAAUGGUUGGGCAAUGGAAAGCUAAAGUGUAUGAUAUGCACAACGUAGUUGUUAGUAUAAAAUCAAGAAGAGUACCGGGUGCAAUGACCGAUGAGGAGCUUUUCUCAAACACUAAUCAAGAAAACGAUACAGANAGUUUUAAGAUGAUGUAA